AUGUAUUAUAAGAGCCAUACUGGUUCUGUACCACUAUCUCCGCCGCCCCUCAACUCUUUUACAGAUCGAAUUUCCCUCCUUUCCAUCUUUUUCUCAACCUCCAACCUAGACUGCCCUUUUCCACAGCAAUUGAUCCUCCUCUCAAUUUGGUCAAUUCUAUUAGAUCCAUCCAUCUUCAACUCCCGCUGGGAUCCAUCGCAGGGCCCAUCAGACCGCAAAUUCAAUGGUUAUCAGAUCGGUGCAUUCCCAGAAAUACGCCUGACAGCGCCAUCCCCAGCCCCGACCUCCGACCAAGUUGAUCCGCUCCGAACAAGCGAUUCUCCCGCAGAGCGCAGCGCCUGUCGC